AUGAUUUCAACAAUCGGCACAACAACAAUUCAAGCCGCGAACGGCGGGACUCUGUCCACAACAACUUCACCAAACUCGUUAGUCAUGAAUCCAACAUCUAUGUUAGUAGAGAUGAAAAGCUUCAUUCCUUCUUCAUAUACUUUCGAAACAAAAAUCCAGAAGAUAAAGCAAGAACUUUUAACAAGUAAUUUAGACUGUAGUGCGAAAGAUGAAACAAAUGAACAGUAUCUUUAUGAAAUGCAGGACAUUAUUGACCAUUUACCUAAACUACCUGAAAUUCAGCAUCAAAAACUAACUAUUCCUGAAUUCGAUGAAAUAGAAGUGAAACCAACUGACUCAGUAGAAAUAAAGAAGUUCAUUCGAAAGGUAAACUAUGAGUUUCUAGGAUUUCAUUGCAACCAUAAGGUUAUGGACAAAGAUUGCGACAUGGUAUAUAA